AUAAUUGUAGUUAAGUGUAUUGUUAGUGAAUAAUGACGUUUAAAUUAAAUUAAAAUGGUGAACCAUUAUAUAGUAAAUAUGUAAAUAAGUUAAUAUAUUGAAGGUAAUAUACAUUCAUUUAUUGUAGGAAUAGAAAUAUUUUUUGUGAAUAUUUCAAAAUAAAAAAAGAGUCAACUUUUGAGAUAGCAUAAAACUCAAUAUUUGAUCAUCCAUCUUAAAAACAAAAAAUUUGGAUAUUUUUGCAAUUUCGGACUGUAUUGUCCUUAAUUUGGACGGACCAAAUUGGGUUGGGUGCGCGGGUUCUGGUUGUACUUUUGGCACUAAUGUUAUAAUUUGUGCCAAAAAUACCAAAUUACUUAGAACAAAUAAGAACAUUAGUGCCAAAAGUACCAAUAGAAAAAAACCAAGUAAUUUGAUACUUUUGGCACAAAUGACAAUAUUAGUGCCAAAAGCAUCAAAUUACUUGAUUUUUUUUUAAAUUCUAAGUAACUUGGUACUUUUAGCACAAAUUAUAACAUUAUUGUAAAAGAAUAGAGAAAAUUUAUACUUCCUCCGUCCCAACGAAGAUGCUACAUUUCUAAAUAUGAAAAAAAAUAAGGGACUUUAAUUGCAGAAUUACAACUAAUUAAUCACUCCCUCCUACUUUAUCACUUUAUUACAUUUUCUCUCCUAUUUUAUCACUUUUAUACUACACACUUAAAACACUAAUCUACAACUCCUUAAAUUUCGUGUUGAAAAGAAAUUUAUCAUCUUGGGUGGAACGGGGGGAGUAUUAUUCAAAACAAAGGUACUUCUAAAAUAUUACUCCAUAAAAUCCACUUCUAAAAUAUUAGUCCAUAAAAUCCAAAGCGAACGUAUAUUAAAGUACACUUUCUGUUAUUUACUUAUAUAGGAAAUAUUUGCAGUAAUUGUUUUGAAAAUAUAUGUCGCGAAUAAGAUUAAAAAAAUUAAUUCUAAACAAUGAUUAAAUGACAAAUAUAUUGAAUAUAAAACACCAAAUAUGGGUGUUUGUCUCUGUUUUCUGGAAGGCAUCAGUGAUAAAACCAGGGGCCGCAGACAUUGUUGGCUAGCGGAACCUCAACUGGAGAGCUGUAGGUUGGUAGGUGGUUUAAGUUAUUGGAGCUAUGGAUUUCCUGGCGACAUCUGAAGGCCAACUAGUAGUUGGAGUUGCCGUCGGUCUCGUAGCUAUUGCUGCUGCCUACUUCUUGUUUUCCUCCAAGAAGCCUAAAGUGUGCUUGGAUGCCGAGAAUUUCAAGGAAUUUAAGCUUGUGAAGAAAACACAACUCAGCCAUAACGUGGCUAAGUUCAGAUUUGCUCUUCCUACGCCUACUUCUGUAUUGGGUCUUCCUAUUGGACAACACAUAAGCUGCAGGGGUAAGGAUAGUCAAGGUGAAGAGGUCAUUAAACCAUACACUCCAACUACUUUGGAUUCUGAUGUUGGAUACUUUGAAUUAGUUAUCAAGAUGUAUCCACAAGGGAGAAUGUCUCAUCAUUUUAGAGAAAUGAAGGAAGGUGAUUAUUUGGCUGUUAAAGGACCAAAGGGCCGCUUUAGGUAUCAACCAGGCCAAGUGAGAGCAUUUGGUAUGCUUGCUGGAGGCUCUGGGAUUACACCAAUGUUCCAGGUUGCCAGAGCAAUCCUGGAGAACCCCAGUGACAGAACAAAGGUGCAUCUGAUUUAUGCUAAUGUUACGUCUGAUGACAUUCUACUAAAGGAUGAAAUCGAUGGUCUUGCCAAAAACUAUCCAGACCAGUUCAAAGUUUACUAUGUGCUCAAUCAGCCUCCUGAAGUAUGGAAUGGCGGGGUUGGUUUUGUGUCGAAGGAAAUGAUUCAGGAGCACUGCCCUCCUCCAGCCUCCGACAUUAAGAUUCUGAGAUGUGGUCCGCCUCCAAUGAACAAGGCCAUGGCUGCUCAUCUUGAGGCACUUAAAUACUCAGCUGAGAUGCAGUUCCAGUUCUAACUUUCCCAGCGGUUGUUGAGACUUGAUUUUAUUAUCUUCUUUGGGGAAAUUACUUUUGAUUUGCACCUUGUAAUAUAGGAUUUUCCGUUUUCCCCCUUAUUUUUCAAUUAAAUUGUUGAGAAAGUGUAAACCUUUUUUUCCUCUUACCUUAAAAUAAGCGAUUUCCCCUGAGUUAAGUCAUUAGGUCGAUUCAUCUCUAGUAUUUUCUCUACGCAAAAAUUUAUGUGUGGACGUUUAUAAUUCUUCCGUCUCGUAAGAGUGUAUCACAUUUUUCA